AUGGUAUCCUCAAGUGACAGUGUUUCUAACAAAAUUCAUCUCGAGCGACGCAUUUCCCUUUCCAAUGGUUGUGCUAUUAUUGUUGGUGUUAUUGUUGGUUCUGGAAUAUUUGUUAGCCCCAAAGGAGUUCUUAUUGAAUCGGGAAGCGCUGGUUUGUCAUUGAUCAUUUGGAUUUUAUCAGGUGCAUUUGCCACAAUGGGUGCUUUUGUUUAUGCUGAACUAGGAACAACUAUUCCUAAAAGUGGCGGUGAGUAUGCAUACAUCAGUGAGGCAUUUGGUCCUUUGCCUGCAUUUCUUUUUCUUUGGGCAGCACUAAUUAUUAUUAACCCAACGUCAAAUGCUAUUAUGGCGUUAACAUUUGCUCAGUACACACUUCAACCAUUUUUCAAAAACUGCGAACUACCCGAUUAUGCUGUGAGAUUAUUAGCUGCUUGCAUCAUUUGUUUAUUGACAUUUGUCAACUGCUACAGUGUGAAGUGGUCAAUGAGAAUGCAAAAUGUUUUUUCAUUGGCUAAAGUAGCUUCCCUUUGUGUCAUUAUAAUAGCUGGUUUAUUGUGGUUAUGUUUGGGUAAUACAGAGCAUUUGGAACCAUCAAUAUUAUUUGAAGGAACGCAGACAAAUCCGAGUCAUAUAGCAUUAGCUUUUUAUUCGGGUGUAUUUUCAUUUAGUGGAUGGAAUUCGUUGAAUUUCGUAACCGAAGAGCUUAUUAAUCCGCGCAAAAAUUUGCCUCGAGCGAUUAUGAUUUCAUUGUUCACAGUAACAGCUAUAUAUAUGCUCGUUAACAUCGCUUAUUUUGCUGUCUUGUCUGUACCGGAAGUUCUCGAUUCACCGGCAGUUGCAAUGACUUUUGCAGAAGUAGCCAUGGGUAAAUUUGCAUCGGUAAUGCCUAUAUUUGUUGCCAUUUCAUGUGCUGGUGGCCUAAAUAGUAUUAUUUUCUCAGCAAGUCGAAUGUUCUUCGUUGGCGCCAGGGAUGGUCAGCUGCCAGAAUUACUUUCGAUGAUUUCCAUAAAUUACCUGACGCCACUGCCAUCACUACUCAUUCUUGGCAUCUUGUCAUUACUGAUGUUGGUUACUUCGAACAUUUAUUUACUCAUCAAUUAUCUGACAUUUACUGAAGCGUUUGUAAUUGCACUUUCCGUUGCUGGUCUAAUCAAAUUGCGUUUUACUCAGCCUGAUAUCCCUCGUCCAAUCAAGCAAAAUAUUUUGUUCCCAGCGACAUUUUUGGUUAUUUGCAUUGCACUGCUGAUGUUACCGUUUUUCAUACAACCCGAAGAACUGAUUAUUGGUGUUUUAAUUAUUCUCACUGGCAUCCCAUUUUAUUUUGUUUUCCUGUUUUGGAAAAAUAAACCAGCUUGUUUAUAUAAGCCUUGGAUUUCAAUGACGCACGCAAUCCAGAAAUUGCUUUAUUGUGUUCCAGAAGAGGAGCAUACUGAUUAA